UUAAAUUUUAAUUUUCAUUAACUAAAAUAUUUUAAUCCAACUCCUAAAUUAAAUCUAAUUGAUUUAUCUUGCGAGUAAAAAAUGAAAUCUAUAUACUGAGGAGCUGGAAUUGAUCGUGCUAAAAGGGGAAAAAAAAAAAACUGAGACGCCGGAAAUAUCCUCACGCCCACACAUUCUACUAAAACUACCGUAUUACUGCGGUUAAAAGCUAGUUGCCUGGACCACAUUCACUGCUUCAGACCCAAAUGGGUACAUUAGUCCUUUAGUGUGGCUUUUCACCGUGCGAAUGCCUGGCAGUUACAGUAGGUUCGAGCAGGCAAUUUACCCUAUCUCCAUGUCGUGUGUCUGUAAAGACAUUGUCUUAUUUUGACUUUGGACAAAGCAACUGCACGAGGGGUCACGUGGUCUUCAGCCCGCCCUCGUCCGUCUCUCUCUAAUAAUUGCAGGCAGAGACCGAUCACCCAUUCAAAUACUAAUAUUCCUAUUAUUCUAAAGCUAUUUACACAUUUCGUUGUCAAAAACAGUGGCAAUUUCAGAGAUUGAAUUGCUAGGAAGGUUGGAUCCAGAUAGAUGUCUGAAAAAAAUGAUUGAUGCUUGCUUAUUCAGACUCGCUUUUGACUGUUACUUGUUGGAUGAUUUGCAUAGCCAUUAGUACAUAAAUAUAAUCAGCAAACUCACGUCUUCGUUAGCAAUCUUUGAUGAUUGGUUCUUCAUACACACGAAGAAUGUUUCUUUGCCAUGAUUUCGUAGCAGGACUCAGUUUGAAGUUUGAAGGCUGUCAUACGCAUGCACAUCCGCUGCAGCACCUGUUUGGCUAAGUUUCUAACCUGAGCUGGUAAAAAGGUGAAAGUGAAGUGGGAAUAAUGCCCACAGUGGAAAAAAGUCGAAAGACAGAAUUGGACUUGUGAGCUGUGUGACCAGAUUAAUAAUAGCAUUUCCGUUGAUGCUUUCGAGAGAAGCCGGCCGUUUUCGGCUAAACCUCGGUCUCCGUCGCCGGCUCUGCCUCUGUCUCCAACCCCAAGAUUCCUUCCAUCCUCGGAGAAUACGCAGGCAUGCUUUACAGGCACUGUUCUCGGUGUACAGUUUAGGAAAAAGAAAAUGCUUAGAUUUUCUCUGAGAUUUGGUGGGCUUGAAUUCAUUAUGGAACAUAUAUAGUCUGUUCUAACAUUUGUUUAAAGCGAGGUUCAGUUAAUGGUGGAAGGCCGCUUCCGCGACUCCCUAGGCGCUUGCCUUUGUAAUAAAGGCGGGCAUCUAUCUUCUUCUGCCUUCUUGUCCUCUCCUCUACUCUCCUCUCCUCUCCUCUCAUUAUUAUAAUUUACAGCCAAAGCAGCUACGAGUGUCAGGUAGAAGUAUCUACCUUCGCAUCCUUCUAUCCUUUCCAUCUUCCCCCGUCCCAUUCCAUGUAUAUCUGUCUGCCUGCUCCUCCCCAUCUUAACUCCAUGUGAGACAGUUCUUUGCAGAGUGAGAUAGGUUUGCUUUCCGAGAAAGAGGAAACAGAUCUAUCCCAGGCCUCUUCUGAAGAGACAGAUCGGCCUCUUCUUCAUGCUUCCAGCGGACAAGCUCAAGAGAAAUCCUUCCUAAACCCACUUCAUCGUAGCGUUCCAAAAAGCAGGAGCCAUAUAAAAGGCCGACCUUCAAAGAGCGAGCUUCCUCCUCACUCUUUGUGUGUCUCCAUCUCCAUGGAUGCCUAUCUAUGGGGAAACCGGCAGCAGUCAGAGCAUCAGCCUUGUGCAGGGCACACAAAGCUCCAGCACUUGGAUCAGCAGCAGUCACAUGCCUCUGCUCUCGCUCUGCUUGCGCCUGAGCCCAACAGCAGCCUCAAUAAGGACGUAGGUUAUUUCACUCUGGCGCAGUGGCAGGAGCUCGAGUUGCAAGCUUUGAUCUACAAGUACAUGUUAGCUGGGGCUUCUGUUCCUAUGGAGCUUAUUCUGCCCAUCAAAAGGAGCCUUCUCGGUGCAUCUCCCUACUUCCACUACCCUGAGUUCUAUCACCAUCUCCAGCCAUCCUUGUCGGCCUUGCAAACGGGCUACUGGGGGAAAUGCACCAUGGAUCCUGAGCCAGGAAGAUGCAGGCGGACAGAUGGGAAGAAGUGGAGAUGCUCAAGAGAAGUUGUGGUAGGUCAAAAGUAUUGCGAGCGUCAUGUUCACCGUGGCCGAAACCGUUCAAGAAAGCAUGUGGAAGCCCCCACACCAUAUUAUUCCAAGAGUAGUUCCAAAAGUGGCCUUUGCUCGCCUUCACCAUUGUUGGCUCAGGAGAACCAUUUCGACCUUCCUAGAUCGUUGGCCACACUAAAUACACAAUCUCUGGACCAGAGGACGACUGUUGAAAAGAAUCUUCAAAGCAAUUGCCUGAACUUCUACCUCAAGAAUCUUCAAGACGACAAAGCCGAAGGCUAUGUGCUCCAGAGUUUCUUGGACGAGUGGCCAAAAUCCCAACGAGAGAACACCGACAGCAUCGACUACACCGUCCAUCCUGCUUCGACCACCCACCUCUCUAUUUCAGCUCCUGGGAAUCAAUUAUCAGAUUUCUCUCUGAAACUUUCCACUGGAAAUCCUGAGAGGUCUGGUCAAGAUAACAAAAAUGGCUGCGAAACACAGCUGUUGGUCAGCUAUGGACAGGCAUCUAUGGGUGGCCCGCUAGCGGAGGCACUCCGUUCGUCAGCCUCGACUCACUCGCCGACUAGUGUUUUGCACAAUUCGAACGGAUCUAUAUCCGAAAUCAGCAGCAUUAGCCCAUGAGAACUGUCUCUCAGUCGCAUUCAUUUGCUAGAUCUAUGGCUAUACAUUUCAUGAUUUGGUAACUCGUCUUAGCUUGUUUCCAUAUCUGUCAAGUUUUUCUGGUUUGCAUGCAUCUUUAGAUUUGGUUUUCCGCGUUGUUUCAGUCUGGAGGAUGAUUAUCUGGAAUUUCUUAUGUGAUUUUUCUGUGUCUGGACUAAAGGGUAGUGAUUUUUCUGUGUUA